UAUCCAUAAUCUUCCAUCUCUUUAUAAUCCCCCAUCCCUUCACUCUUUUUUUCCACUCUAAACCAAAUUUCAAUUCAAUCUUCUUCUUCUUCUUCAGACAACACCGUACCGUACCGUAUAAUAAUACAUCACUGUAAACAACAAACAACAUUAAUCAAUCAACAAUGGCGGAUGAAAGCUCUACACUGGAAUUCAUACGCCAGCACCUCCUCGAUGACCACACCUUCAUCGACAACUACUCUUCACCAUCUCCCGACAACAUUAAUCUCCUCGUCUUCUCCCCCAACCUCUCCCAUUCUUCUUCUUCUUCUUCUUCGUCGUCGUCGUCUUCUUCUUCCUCCUCCGUCGAUCAAUCCCAAUCCCAAUCUCCUGUCUACCCCUCCUUCUGCAACUUCAUCUCCUCCAACAAUAUCAUCUCCUUCAGCCCCGAAAACAUCGAUUCUCCUGAAUAUCUUGAUUUCGAAAUCAAGCCGACAAUCGCCAACACUCACCAUAAAUCCACCAAAUUUUCCGACAGAAAGCCGUCGCUCAACAUAUCAAUUCCUCAGCCGGAAAGCCGCGGCGCCGGCGGCGGAGAUAGAAGGCAUUACCGGGGAGUCCGGCAGCGGCCAUGGGGGAAGUUCGCCGCCGAGAUACGCGACCCUAACCGGAAAGGCACACGUGUCUGGCUUGGGACGUUCGACACGGCGGUCGAAGCCGCCAAAGCCUACGACAGGGCGGCGUUCAAGCUCAGGGGGAGGAAAGCCAUACUCAACUUCCCCCUCGAGAUCGGGAACGCCAGAAAUACAUCGGAAAACGCACCUGGUAUCGCCGCCGGCGGCCGGAAAAGGGAGAGGGAGACGGAGACGGAACAACGGACGGCGAAGGAUGCCAAGAGGGAAGAACGGGAAGAAGUAACGGCGUCAGUGCCUUUGACGCCGUCAAGUUGGACGGCGGCCAUAUGGGACAGUGUGGACGGGAAGAGCAUAUCUGACGUCCCGUUACUGUCGCCGUUAUCUCCUUAUCCUAGCCUCGGCUAUUCAUGGCUCAUGGUUCAAUGAGACAAUGACUUCUCGCGAGGACUAAAAUGCACCUGGCGCUAAAAGUCGGGGGUGCAUGUAGGAUUUCUAAAAGUUUGGGGGUAGCAUGAAAAUAAUACUGAACACUUAUGCGGGGGCUUGUGGAGUUCACCAUGUUCAAUGUUCAGUACUAUUUGUUUAUUCCUUUGUAAUUUCUCUAAGUGAAACGGAAGCACGUUUCUAUCGUA